AUGUUUUCGCCCCCUUUAUUGACGGUGAAAGGAAAUCAAGCGGAGCAAGACACCGUGGCGGCGACGGCGAUAACAACAACAGCGACGGCUACGACGCCUAUCAUGGUGACAAAAGACGAGGCAGCAACCCCGUCGAGUUUAUGCAGGCGGCCUAUCAUUCUGAACACACACGAUAAAACAACGUUUCGGCAUUCGCUAGCAUCACAGUACUCCAGCACUUCGGCCAGCGGAUCCAGUCAUAGCCAGCGAUACAGCGUAGGCAGUGCUGACAGUCUUGGUCACGUCGACCCGGCUACGGGCGCGACAAUGAUGGAUUACAAUAGCACCAACAAUAAUCCCAUGCGACGAUGGUCAGCAGAGUCUAGCGGUUCCGACCACGUGUCUUCACAACCACCCUCGUCUCCAACAGGAACGUCAUUCUCGUCCCUCCCACCGUCAUCGCGGUUUCUUUUAUCUGGUGCUACCAGUUCUGAAGCGUUCCGAGAGCAAGAGCUGAGUCGAUUUUACCCGACCACGACAUCAACCUUACGCCACAUCAAAGCACUAUCUGACCCCUUUGUCGUCAUGCCCUCUGUUGCUGCAGCUUCUGCAGCUGCAGGUCCAACGAACGACCUUAAUAAUCACCAUUAUAAAAGCAGCGUUACAAACAAUAACAAAAUCAAUCACAGCACGAGCACGCGUUCCUCCGAACCAAUAGCAGCAACAACAACAACAACAACAACACGAACACUCGUCGACCCAUGGUGCAUGUCAGUCAAAGCUGCUCUUGAAAAUGCAAUAUACAGCAACUAUCUGCACAAAUACGAGACGCCCUCGUUUGCAUUCGCACGUUCAUGGAAACGUCGGUACGUCGUACUGGUCGACCGCAUCGUUUACGUCUUCAAAUCGUCCAAAUCGACCAACCCAGCACGCGAACACUUUAUCCUGACCGAUGAUACCCUUGUGUUCGUCUCAGAAGAAUUUCAAAAGAGCUACGUCGUAGAGAUCCGCAAGCCCUUGUGCAAGUGGUAUCUGCGCUGCGAGUCGGCUUCACAAAUGAAGUUUUGGCUCGAGGCCAUGAAGAAAAUCGUCGCGUGUGCCAAACUCGGUCAUACCGGGUCCUUGUCGGCCGGCAUGCUGGCCAAUCUCAAACUCACUGACGACUUUCGACUCUUGACCCUUACACAACAGCCUCAACCACCUCCACCAUUACCGCCAUCAUCACAGCAACGAUCACUGUCUACAUCGCCUAGAAACUCGACGCUGGUUGACCAGCAACAGCAACCUCAUAUAAAAAUGACAAAAGCAAAACACCGAUCGGCAAUAUACCACCGCGCGGCGGCAGCCGAAGCGCUUGCUGGAAUUACAGGAACAGCAACAACACUGGCGAAUGGUAGCAGUGGUGGUGGUAAUAGCAACGAAACCUUACCACAGCCGCCACAAUGGUGGAAGCAGUACUAUCAGCAGCCCCAGCAGCAGCAGCAGCAACAGCCAUCGGAAAAUAUAAAUCGCCGAGCUAGCGCGCAAGUAGCCACAACAACGACCGAGGCACUGUCGCAAGACAAGAGUUUGAAGCGCCAGUCCUUGGCAGAGAUUCCGCACUGGCAAUCCUUACUUCCUCCACAAAGACCGGUGCCUCAGUCGACGCCUCCUCCACCGCCAACGCCGCAGCCUUCACUAUCGACGUCCUCUUCGCACGCACGUCAGCAACAGACAAUACUUGCACCAGUUUCGGAAGACAACUGAGAACACACACACACUCUCCUUCUACUACUUGUUACACUUUCUCUCUCUCUCUCCCCAACCACAUCACAUCCAAUCUGUAAAAAUAGUUCCCCCAAACCCCUUUUCAUCCUCUUAUCCACACACUUUAAAUGAAGACAUCAUCAUCAUCACUAACAUCAUCAUCAACAUCAUCAAUAUUACUUCUUCCUGUCCACUCUUUUGUUUUCCGUUUCAUUCUUCCUGUUCAUAGUUGUACCAAUCUUACCUACCACUCGCUCACACACGUCCGCACCCUUUGCAUCCUCUGUAUAAAACGCAAUGCACCUCGCUACAAAAUACAUACUUUAAUAAUGACUUUGAUAUCUCUUAUAUAAAUGCCAUCUGUCAGUUUCUCAUGGCAACUUUUGUAAUCGCGUCGCUAGAAAUCAG